AUGAACCACUUGAAGUGGAUGGGUCAUUCGGCUACCAUAUUGGAUAUACAUAAAGGCUUGCGUGAUGAUUUACAAAGCUGCGAAGUGACCAUGGUGGCUGGGGAUUGCUCUGUCAAGGCACACCGAUUUGUUUUGUCGUCAUGCAGCGAUUUACUGAGAAACCUCCUCAGCGAUGUCCCGUUACAACAGGAAUGUUGCAUUAUGCUGCCAGACAUUAAAGGUUAUCUGUUGGAAAAUGUUCUGUCAUUUGUCUAUUUGGGUGAAUGCUCCCUAUCGUCGUCCAGCCUGUCGGAAUUUCUGGAAGCUAUAAAUGUUUUGGGCAUUAAGAGUGCCAUCAGUUUUGAGUGUCAUACGAAUGCUAUGCAGUUAGCUCAAAAUCACAGCAUCAACAAUAACAAUGCAUUGGUUGCGUCGAAUUCCUCAUCUAAUGUUGGUGUUCAUCAGGAAGAAUUGAUUGAAACACACGCCGUAUUGCAGACCAAUAGCCAGCCAACCUUGACAGCAAACUCAAGUACUGUCACAUCCAAUAAUGAAGCAAAUAGAGAGUUGGAGUUUCUAGAUGUUUACCCACAUGAGCCUCAACAUAAAAUCACAUAUUCCAUAGAACACGUCCCUGGCUCUACAAGUGGCAAUGAAUUUAUUUUAACCGAAAAUUCUGGAACCUUCACGUUAACCCAUAAUCCCAAAUUGGAGUCAUCAUCUAGUUCGGAAUCGACCACUAUGGAGGUAAACGAAGAAGAUGCCUGUGAGUCGCAUAUAAUUGAGGAAUACAGCAGCGGAGAUGAGCCAUUAAUACAUAUCAGUGGAGCCGAGGUUGCAAGUGUUUCUGCAACAAAUGUAUCGACUGCAACACAAACCAAUACUCAAAAUCCAAAUCCAACCAGCAUUACCACGGCGUCUAUAAUCGAAAUGAAAGCGAAACCAUCAAUAAAAACGAUUAAACUUAAAAGUCAUGCAACGGGCAGCGUAAUGCCAAAACUGGAACAUCAUCAAGUAACCCACAAUGAAAUGGAAGCAGUUGCUCAAAACACGGAUGAUGAGGUCAUGUCGUCUAUGCUGCAUUCCAGCCCCGAUGGCAGUUAUGCCUUGUUGAAGGAUACGAGUGCAAAUGAAUCGAUAGCUUCGGACAAUUCAAAAAAUGAUUCCAACUAUGACGUCAAUAACACAUCGAAUUUAACUGCUGCCGACUUGGCCUACCAGGCAAUGGUCAAUGAAGGCAUGUCCCUGCCAAAGGCCGCUGUUAAAUUUAAUGUAUCGAAAACGGAACUUUGGAGGAGAGUUCGCAGUACAGGCGUGGAAAGUCUACCGAAGGUAUCCAAGAUAGAUAACGAAAAGGUGGAUGUCAUUGAACUGGCGAGUCAGGCAGUCAUUAAUGAAGGUUUGUCUCUGCAAAAAGCUGCAGUACGCUAUGAUAUUUCCAAAACUGUGCUAUGGCGACGGGUGCGAAAACACCCGCAGUAUAUGAAAACAACUCGAGAGAACCCCAUUAUUGCGAAGGCGUAUGAACGUCUAAAGACAGGAGAAUCGCUUAAGAGUAUAUCACAAGAUCUGGAUAUACCCAUGUCAACGUUGCACCGUCACAAAGUUCGUUUGUCCAACACAGGACAAUUGCCCGAUUUCGUUAGUUGUCGAAAGCGUGACAGUGUAUCCAAAGAUGAUCUGAAAGUCAAACUAGCCAAAGCCGUUUACGCUUGUAUUCACGAGGGAAUGUCUCAAAAUCAUGCAGCCAAUUUGUAUGAAAUCUCUAAAAGUACAUUGUGGCGUCACUUACAGCGUAGAGUGGCCGAGGCCGAAGGGGCUGAGACCUCAGAUGGAGCUAUAGAUACAGAUGAUAACAUUAAAGAAGAAGUUAUAUUAUCUUAA